AUGGAGAAAAGCAAAGAUUCGAAGUUAGAGGAACCGAUUGACAAAAAUAUUACCUUGGAGUCGCUUCUUGACGCUCCACCUUCUAAUUGUGCUAGCAUGGAAAAUGUGCUAAAACGUAAAAUACUUGAUGAAGGUAGCUACGUCAUUCACCCGGUUCCUCUGCAUAAGCGAUCAAGGGGCCAGUUAUCAAGAGCUAAAGAAGCAUGUCUGGAAUUAAUAGCAAUCCUUCUGCAACAAGAUGUUAACGGAUUCUUUCAUUUUGUUCUCAAAAGACCGAAUAACGACAAUAAAUUAACUAAAAUGUGUUUACGCACUUUGGAGCGCUAUAUUCAUACUAAUAAAGUGAAAAAUCUGGCCCAUCUUCGUGAAUAUGUAGAAGAAUUCUUCUCCUCAUUUCAAAACGACACCGAACAGACCUACUCAAACCCACCGGCUAGGCCUCUUGAAGGUUGGUCAGCUGUUUGUUCUGAAGCAAACCGGCUCUUACUCAUCGCUAAGCGAUGGUAUGAUAGCAUUGGAAUGGAAUCGUCGCUAAUGCAUGAACCACUCUAUCAGUCGGUUGAUGAUACCCAAGAAGUAACUGCUCUCGGUUUGCUUAAUCCUGAUAAUAAGGGUCUUGUCAGUGCCACGGAACGCGUUCGAACUAUCGGUGAAGAGGUUGGUCCUCUGCAUUUUGGUACUUACCUUUCUCCAAACGGUGGUUACCGUGAGGAUAGACGUAAUCGGGUGAUUCCGUACACUUAUCUCAACUAUGGUCCUUAUUCUACUUUUGGUCCGAGUUUUGAUAGUGGAGCAUCCAAUUGUAGUCCCGAGGCUAAUCAACUUCUUCUUUCCACAACAUGGCUUCCUGGAAGAAUGCUGUACUCUUUGGAGUCUAUAGAAGGCGAUUCUUUAAAGGAGAGAGAGGAUGAAUCAGAUGAUUGCCCUUGGAGCCGAUUGCGUUGCGUCCCGGAGGCUGAACAGGAUGAAGAGCUACAAGCAGCCUUAUCCGAAUGUGUAGCAGAAUGGAAGGAGUCGAACGAAGCAUCGAAAAUUCUUGACGAGGUUAUUCCCACCGUUGUGUUUGGUGAUCAUCCUGAUGGAGAUUUCAAUCUUUAUUUGGCUAAUGCAAUCACAAGAAAUCUACCGGUUGAAAAAAAUAAAGAGAAUGAUGAUAAUACCGCAGGUGCUGUAGUCAAAACUGUCGACGAAUCAUCAGCUGAUCAGGAAGUCCCUAAGGUGAAUGAUGAGAAGACAACAGAGUUGAACAGUGCAGAAGAAGUGAAGAAUGUUGAACUAUUAGUCAAGUCCUCCAAAUUACUUCGUGAUCUCUACAACUCACAGCAACGACGCCUGGGAGAUUUUUCUCCUGCUUCUCUUGCAGAAGAGCGCACUCUGAGGCCUAGCCAAAGAGAGAUGCGUACUGCUACGGAGUUGGCAAGUACCCUUGUUGAUUUGAUAGGCAAGGUGACUAAGGGUCCAGGGGAUAUACUCCUUUCCCGUGCGCCGGUUCGUCGUGCUUUGGGGUUGGAUUCGAGUGCAUUGAUCCUACCUCCAUCACCGGAGACAGAGAUGACUGUUGAUGGCACAGUGCAAUGA